AUGUCAUCAAAUACAGGAAACUGUCAGCGCCGUCGCUAUGGUGUUUUAGUUUGUGAAAAUCAGGAAAAAUGGGGUGGUGUACGUGGCAUGGGAAAACGAUUUAUUGACGCCUUCGGAAGUGAUAGCGAUGCCGAUCGAGAAGAAUGGCAUAUCUUUUCCGCAGUCGAUGGAGAGCUGCCUUCGGAAAAAGAUUUGAAUACUUUUAAUGGCUUCUUCAUCUCGGGAAGUUAUCGAUCUGCUAACGAUAAUCUUAAGUGGAUCAAUGAUUUGAAGAAUUUUAUCUCUUCAGCGGCUAAAAGCCCCUCGAAGGCUCGCUUCGUGGGCGUCUGUUUUGGUCAUCAAAUCAUUGGUGCCGCUCUUGGAGGUAAAGUAACCCCUAAUCCAUCGAAGAAAUUCGUUUUACAGAGCGAGGAGAUCAAAUCGGUGGAAGAUUUUCAAGGAAAUGAAGCUUUCAGAGAGCUUAUCGAGAGCCGUGAUUCUCUACGACUGCUUGAGUGUCAUGGAGAUUGCGUUGCGUCCCUCCCCCCUGGGGCUACAAGUUUGGCGAACUCUGCAACCUGCCAACACGAAAUGAUUCAGUAUACGGAAAAUAUAUUUGGAAUUCAAGCUCAUCCAGAAUUUACUGUGCAAGAUUACAAAGAAGUGUUAAUUCCCGAUUUAGAAGCUGAAGGAAAGUUAGACGUUUAUGGCCGAAGAGUUUGUGAAGAAACCAUUAGUUUGCCUUUAGACUCUGUAGGGGUGGUGGCUGCUCUCAAGAAAUUUGUCGCCAAAGAAGACAAUUAACAACUUAACGGGAACUUUCGGAAAGAGUCGGAACUUGAUUUAUUCCAGGGUGCCGAAAAGGGAAAUGAUAUUAUUGUCCUUACAGCUAGCUGUGGUGAUAAGGUAUUAAUGGCUUAGUCUAGCCCAAGCUCGAAAUACUGUGAGCAUCGGCGGACAUCGGCAUUGUUGCGUAACAUUCGAAAUAUAAGGAUUUGUAUGGGAAAAAAACCUAUCUUUUCUGUAACCUACAAAAAUAAAAGGAUUUCAAUAAAAAACAGCUUACCUUACUUAAAAUGUGUGUUACGUCUCUCCUGUGUGGUCCACGGGCCGAUUUAUGGCCAGUUUAUGGGUUUUUAAUGGGCUCCUGGUUUUUAUGUAAACGGUUUUCUCUCUAUAUUACCGUUACAUGAAGAGAAAACCGUUUACAUAAAAACCCAUAAAUCGGCCCGUGGACCACACAGGAGAGACGUAACACACAUUUUAAGUAAGGUAAGCUGUUUUUUAUUGAAAUCCUUUCAUUUUCGUAGGUUACAGAAACGAUAGGUUUUUUUCCCAUACAAAUCCUUAUAUUUCGAAUGUUACGCAACAUCGAUGCUCAUAUUUCGAGCUUGGGUUACCUGUGACCAGAAUAAAAUAAUAAUUAAUACUUAAUUCGCCAUGAACUGAGAUUCUCACUCUGUUUGUUAAUUUCACGAAUUAUAAAAGAACCAUUUUAUUUCCCCUGAAAUGUGAUCUAGACAACCCUUUCAGAAGGGUGUUAUCGAAACUCCUCUCAAUUUUGUAUGAGAAAUCUUAAGCAGAAUGUGUAAUAAAUUUGUCCAAUCAAGAUUGCCAAAUUACUUGGCCUCCACUCUUUGUUUCGUCUCCGGUAAUGGCACAUAUGGCAGUCACACGACCUUCCGUCCGUCCAUCCGUCUAGGCGAGUUCUUACUUAUAGGGCUACUCUACACUUUGCACCUGGCAGUCCCAUUAUACCCUGGGUAUCAUGAUCAGGGGCCCGUUUCUCGAAAGUCCCGAUAAUUAACGGGCCUGGUAAGCUGUCUCGGUUUCCAUUAAAGAUAGAGGUUUCAAUAGUUUUGCAUCUAACAUGAUAAAACUAUCAGUUAAAGAAACAAAAUGGAGUAGUUUGCUUGCCAGGGGCCGCGCUCUUAUUCUUUUUAUUUCGAUUUGAAUAUUUGAUUUCGGGCCCGAAAAGUUACCGGGACUUUCGAGAAACGGGCCCCAGGCCAUCUUCAAUCAUGUUCAAAGUUCCACAACAACUCGAAAAGAAUAUAUUUCUAGUUUCUAGGUACCGUCACUCGAGAAAUGUCGAGAAUCGUCAAUUCAGACAACUAUUCCGCUUUAACAUUUGGAAAUACGCUCUCACUGCAUCACUGACUGAAAUUUCAUGUUUUAUUUCAACCUAAUCCCUAACACUAAGUGCAAAAUGAUUUAAGUCAGUGAAGAAGUUUUAUUUCGUACUUCAAUGCAACAAUCCGAUCUUGGCAGCACCUUUCAGUGGCCAUCGCAAAACAACAUGAAUUUGUAAGCUCCGAACCAAACCUGAUCUUCCACCACUUCUGAUCAAUAAUCUAUCUCUUUUGAAAUGUGUCCGAUCUUAUAAAGGGCAGCGGAUUGGUUCUUAACAAAAGAUUCUUUUGUUCCACUCCAUAAAAAUUUGAGUAACAAAAGCAAUGUUUGUAAACAGUGAUAUGUGUCCAAUUUUGCCCAUUUGUAGUUCUUCCCUUUAAGUUGGGCGUUUUCUUGUUCGGCACGUGUUCUUUCCGUCAUUUUGGGUAAGCGAGGUGCAAAGUUUCAGGAUGCGUUUGUUUGCUUUCUUGUGUGUCGAGAAGGAGUGAUUUGAAGUGUUGUACAUGAAUCCUGCUCCUUACUGGCGGAAAAUGGCGACGCGCAAAUUGAUAUUGCACCAAAAGAACUGCUGCUGAUCUUUUGCCAUUGUGCAAUUUCUUCUUUCUAAAAUUUUCUGGGUCCAUAGAAGCGCUUUGUUUUUGUUAAUGCUUCUGAUCUAACCUUCUGAUCGGUUACCAUUAAUCGAAGAACAAAAGCCACUCUGGGCCGCUAACGUCGAUCAGCUGGAACAUCUGGAACAUCUGGUGAAAAGAUAUUUACUUCUCGUUGUAGUAGGCCGCAGUCGGAUGCACUUAAAACAGAAGGCAACUCCUGUAUGGAAUAAGUUGGAGCGUUUGUUGACCGGAUUAUGAUUUGAUGUUUUUCUAGAUUAUAGAGAGGAGUUUCGGUCUUAACAGUUAAAAACUUAAAGUGUACCCUGUACAAGUGCAGUUAGGGAUUUCCACAACCGGUUCCUCGGCAGCUCGGCAACUUUUUGGCAACUUCUCGUAUUUCGAGCACCUUUUUGCAUUAAUUCUGAGUAAUUUCUCCAGUUAUCUUCUAAUUCUGAGAUAUCGGAGCAGCUUUUAGUGCUUAAAUUGGCCCUUAUUUUAUAUUUCAUAAUGUUUUAGUAGACAAUUUAUGAAUUUCCUGUAAAAAUUAGGAGCCAAAACCGUCCCCUCUGGGGCGGAUCAUGGCACAGGCGCCCAAACUCGGUGCAUAAAUUACCGGGAGUUUCGAUACUGUUUUGCAUAUUACGAACGACUUUGUAUGAGAAAUUCAACGUUAAAACGUAGAAAUAUAGGCAUGAAUAUAGAAAUAAAUUGUACUUACGUCAACUUGGGCCUGUUGCUGCUUUUUUGUGUAACCGGGGCUCAAUUCAUGGCCAUUUUAUACGGUUUGGCGGCUCGUUGUUUGUUCGGUGUUGUUUUCCUUCAUAAAGCGAAGCAAGGCAGGUGACUGUGUGCAGUUUCAACUCCCAAAUCUCUCCCGAAUCAAAGAACCGCGCACUGAUUCACCGUCAAAUCCUUAAGACAUGGCCAAUCUCUCAUCUCUUCCCCUAGCCAUGGGUCAGUUGUGAUGCGUUUUUUGAGGGAAACCUUUUUGAAAGUUUUUGCAUCAAGGAAACUCGAAGAACACGUGUUGAGUGGUAACACAACCAUGGACUCAGGGGAACCGGGUAGACAAUAUUGUUCCCCCACCUGGGAAACACAUAUCCCUAGUGAUUCGUGUUCCCCCACCUGGGAAACACAUAUCCCUAGUGAUAUGUGUUCCCCCACACGGGAAACACAUAUCCCUAGUGAUAUGUGUUCCCCUACCGCAGAAACACAUUUCCAUUUUCUCCUUGUAUUAGAAGGAGAAAAGAAGACAUUGAAAGAGGAGCGUGAAGUACACAGCACGGCCACCAAGGUGGGUCGUUUGCAGCUGAAAUUUAUGGAUGGAAAACUUUUUUCCAUUCCAUAAAUUUCCGCUGCAAAUGACUCACUCUAGUAAUCAGCGUAACUAAGAAAGAGGUUUUAUUGGCCACGAUGAAAGAGAAACAAGAAGUCUAAAGACAUAUAACAUGACCAAGGCCAAAAUUAAUACAUUAUUGUUUCAUUUGGAACGUCUAAUAAAUCAGUAUAUGUGGCUGGUAAAAAUCUUUACAGCAUGGUGGAGAGUUUGUCGGCGAAUGUUCCAGUACAGGAAUGCCUACUUCGAUUCUCUUUUCCUGA